GCAGUGACUUCCCUGCGCGACCAUGGCAACGGCCGACGAGCUGACCUUCCACGAAUUCGAAGAAGCCACUAAUCUUCUGGCCGAGACUCCAGAUGCAGCCACCACCAGAAUUGACCAGCUGACCCCACAGGGACAUGUGGCUGUGACUGUGGGCUCUGAUAUCGGCUAUGGUGCAGAGGACGAGGUGGAGGAGAGUGACAAAACAGCGCUCCUGCAGGACAAGCAGCAGCCUGGAGUCUGGACCUUUGCCUACUAUCAGAGCUUCUUUGAUGUGGACACCUCACAGGUCCUGGACCGGAUCAAAGGCUCACUGCUGCCCCGGCCCGGCCACAACUUUGUGCAGCACCAUCUGCGGAAUAGGCCAGAUCUCUAUGGCCCCUUCUGGAUCUGUGCCACACUGGCCUUUGUCCUGGCUGUCACCGGUAACCUGACGCUGGUGCUGGCCCAGAGGAGGGAUCCCUCCAUCCACUACAGCCCCCAGUUCCACAAGGUAACCGUGGCAGGCAUCGCCAUCUACUGCUAUGCGUGGCUGGUGCCGCUGGCACUGUGGGGCUUCCUGCGGUGGCGCCAGGGCAUCCGGGAGCGCAUGGGGCCUUACACCUUCCUGGAGACCGUGUGCAUCUAUGGCUACUCCCUCUUCGUCUUCAUCCCCAUGGUGGUGAGUGGGGCCCGGCGAGAGCAGGUGGCGGGUGCCGUGGGAGCACACAGCAUACCACCAGCCACCCAUGUCGCCCCCAGGUCCUGUGGCUCAUCCCUGUGCCAUGGCUGCAGUGGAUCUUCGGGGCGCUGGCCCUGGCCCUGUCGGCUGCUGGGCUGGUGUUCACCCUCUGGCCCGUCGUCCGCGAGGACACCAAGCUGGUGGCCACAGCACUGCUGGUGGCCGUGGUGCUGCUCCAUGCCCUCCUGGCCCUGGGCUGCAAGUUGUACUUCUUCCAGUCGCUGCCUCCAGAGCACAUGGCACCUGGGCCCCAAACCGUGUCUCUGCCCACACAUGCACCACUGCCUCCCAAUCUGCCACUGUCCACGGCCCUCUCCUAGAGAGGCCCUGGCCCCACAGGCAAAACCUAAGGGGACACCUGUGACUGUCCUGCCCCUCAGACGAGGACUGAAGGCUCCCUCGACACCUCAUGAUCAUUCCGCCACUUUCCAGACUUUUCUUACAAAGCAAACACUUUUAUUUUCUAUGCAAAGGUGAUUCAGAGAAUUUAUAUAAAGGUGGUGGGGGAGGGGUACGGCCGAGCAGGGAGCUUGGGGACAGAGCAGGCCCCACGCUCCCAGCUGCCUGCUGGGCCCCUGCUUUCCCUGACAAGACUCCCCAGAUCUGGAGGGAGGGCCAGGGGAGCAGCCCCACUGUGCCCAUCCUUGCUGGGUGCACAGGGGGCGGGUUGGGGCCUAGCCUGAGCUCCAGCGUCUGAGUUUGGGGUGUCAGAAAUGGAGGAGCAGAAGGAGAAGAAAACUGCCUGUGCUGAAACAGGUUUCCUCGUUUAUUUUUUCUUUCUUUUCUUUUGGAGGGAGAUGUCCCUGUGAGGUCCCUUCCCAGGCUGGGGAGGGACCAAAAUGCCAUCAUAGUCAUAGGGACUGGAGCGUCUACAAGUGUGGGGGAAACACACAGGCCUAAUGUUAGCUACAAGGAAAAAGGACGCCUUCCGUGACAGAUCCUUGAGGUGUGUCUGUGUCUGCCCCAAGCAGCCAGCGGUUACCUUCCCUCCAGGCCCAGGGCCUGUGGCCGCCUGUACUAGCUCUGGGUUGGGGGUCAGGGGGACCUGCAGGGGCUCAGGGUCAGGACAGCAGCAAGAGGCAGGGGCCGAGGACGGAGGCCUUCCCGACAGUGGGGUGGGUUGUACAUUCAAGUGUGAGGUGAACCCUUUGGUGGGGAGGGCCCCUGAAGCCCUCGGCUGGGCCGCCCCUCACCAUUGAGCCUCUGAGUCUGGGGGAGGGGCUGCUGGCUCGGCCCGGCAGACCUGGCUUCUCAGACAGUCUGUGGAUUGACACUGGUUCUUUUUGUAAAAAAAUAAAAUUAAAAAAAGCA